UUCACAACAACAGUGGCGCCCGUAGCGGUGGCGGCAGCGGCGGUAGUAGCAUCGGCCACAGCCUGAGCUUCAGCACCGGCCAGCGCCGCGGCCAGCUGCUCGCGCCUCAGGGCUUUUCGGAACGGCGGCAGCAUCUCCGCGGGGGGCGGGCCGGGCCGGACGGACCGGGAGGGGGAGCGAGAGGAGGCAGCGGCGGCCCCAGCGGCACAGCUGCUGGGCGGGCCCUGCCGCUCGCCGGCAGCGGUUAGCGGCGCCGCCACCGCCGGGAAUAAGCCUGAGAAUAACCCUCCGCCUCCGCCGGGGAGGGCGCCGGAAAGGGCCGGGCGGAGGCGCACGCGGGGAGCGGGCCCGGCGCCGCGGCGCUGGUGGAUGCUGGGGCUCCGAGGCGACGGCCGGGGGGCGGGGGCCGAGGCAGGUAUAACGGUACCGGCGGAGGCAGCGCCGCGGCUCUUUCCUUCUCCUCAGGAGGGGGGCAAAUGGCGAGCGAGAAGCCGGGCCCGGGCCCGGGGCUCGAGCCUCAACCCGUGGGGCUCAUCGCCGUCGGGGCCGGAGGCGGAGGCGGCGGCGGCGGGGGCAGCGGUGGUGGCGGCAGCGGGAUGGGGGAGCUGAGAGGGGCGUCCGGCUCCGGCUCGGUGGUGCUGCCCGCGGGGAUGAUUAACCCUUCGGUGCCGAUCCGCAACAUCCGGAUGAAAUUCGCAGUGUUGAUUGGACUCAUACAGGUCGGAGAGGUCAGCAACAGGGACAUCGUGGAGACGGUGCUCAACCUGCUGGUUGGUGGAGAAUUUGACUUGGAGAUGAACUUUAUUAUCCAGGAUGCUGAGAGUAUAACAUGCAUGACAGAGCUUUUGGAACACUGUGAUGUCACAUGUCAAGCAGAAAUAUGGAGCAUGUUUACAGCCAUCCUACGAAAAAGUGUUCGGAAUUUACAGACUAGUACAGAAGUUGGGCUAAUUGAGCAAGUAUUGCUGAAAAUGAGUGCUGUAGAUGACAUGAUAGCAGAUCUUCUAGUUGAUAUGUUGGGGGUUCUUGCCAGCUACAGCAUCACUGUCAAGGAGUUGAAGCUUUUGUUCAGCAUGCUUCGAGGAGAAAGUGGAAUCUGGCCAAGACAUGCAGUAAAAUUAUUAUCAGUUCUUAAUCAGAUGCCACAAAGACAUGGUCCUGAUACUUUUUUCAAUUUCCCCGGUUGUAGUGCUGCGGCAAUUGCAUUGCCUCCUAUUGCAAAGUGGCCUUAUCAGAAUGGCUUCACCCUAAACACUUGGUUUCGUAUGGAUCCAUUAAAUAACAUUAAUGUUGAUAAGGAUAAACCUUAUCUUUAUUGUUUUCGUACUAGCAAAGGAGUUGGUUACUCUGCUCAUUUCGUUGGCAAUUGCCUGAUAGUCACAUCACUGAAGUCCAAAGGAAAAGGUUUUCAGCACUGUGUGAAGUAUGAUUUUCAGCCACGCAAGUGGUACAUGAUCAGCAUUGUCCACAUUUACAAUCGAUGGAGGAACAGUGAAAUUCGGUGUUAUGUUAAUGGACAGCUGGUGUCCUAUGGUGAUAUGGCUUGGCAUGUUAACACAAAUGAUAGCUAUGACAAGUGCUUUCUCGGAUCUUCAGAAACUGCUGAUGCAAAUAGGGUAUUCUGUGGUCAACUUGGUGCCGUGUAUGUGUUCAGUGAAGCCCUCAACCCUGCACAGAUAUUUGCAAUUCAUCAGUUAGGACCUGGAUAUAAGAGCACCUUCAAGUUUAAAUCUGAGAGUGAUAUUCAUUUGGCAGAACAUCAUAAACAGGUUCUGUAUGAUGGGAAACUUGCAAGUAGUAUCGCAUUUACAUAUAACGCUAAGGCCACGGAUGCUCAACUGUGCCUGGAAUCAUCACCAAAGGAAAAUGCAUCGAUUUUUGUGCAUUCCCCACAUGCUCUAAUGCUCCAGGAUGUAAAAGCUAUAGUUACACAUUCAAUUCAUAGUGCAAUUCAUUCAAUUGGAGGGAUUCAAGUGCUUUUCCCACUUUUUGCACAACUGGACAACCGGCAGCUCAAUGACAGUCAAGUGGAAACAACUGUCUGUGCUACUCUUUUGGCAUUCCUGGUUGAACUACUUAAAAGUUCAGUAGCCAUGCAAGAACAGAUGCUGGGUGGAAAAGGCUUUUUAGUCAUUGGCUACUUGCUUGAAAAGUCAUCAAGAGUUCAUAUCACUAGAGCUGUCCUGGAACAAUUUUUAUCCUUUGCAAAAUACCUUGAUGGUUUAUCUCAUGGAGCACCUUUGCUGAAGCAGCUUUGUGAUCACAUUUUAUUCAACCCAGCCAUCUGGAUACAUACACCUGCAAAGGUUCAGCUUUCCCUAUACACUUAUUUGUCUGCUGAAUUUAUUGGAACUGCUACCAUUUACACCACCAUACGCAGAGUAGGAACAGUAUUACAGCUAAUGCAUACACUAAAAUAUUACUACUGGGUCAUUAAUCCUGCCGACAGUAGUGGCAUUGCACCCAAAGGUUUAGAUGGUCCCCGGCCAUCACAAAAAGAAAUUAUAUCACUACGGGCAUUUAUGUUACUUUUCCUGAAACAGCUUAUAUUAAAGGAUCGAGGGGUCAAGGAAGAUGAACUUCAGAGUAUAUUAAAUUACCUGCUUACAAUGCAUGAGGAUGAAAAUAUUCAUGAUGUGUUACAGUUACUAGUGGCUUUAAUGUCAGAACACCCAGCCUCAAUGAUACCAGCGUUUGAUCAAAGAAAUGGAAUAAGGGUAAUCUACAAAUUAUUGGCCUCUAAAAGUGAAAGUAUUUGGGUUCAAGCUCUGAAGGUUCUGGGAUACUUUCUGAAGCAUUUAGGUCACAAGAGAAAAGUUGAAAUUAUGCAUACCCACAGUCUUUUUACUCUUCUUGGAGAGAGGCUGAUGCUGCAUACAAACACUGUGACUGUCACCACGUACAACACACUUUAUGAGAUUUUGACAGAGCAAGUAUGUACUCAAGUUGUACACAAACCACAUCCAGAGCCAGAUUCUACAGUGAAAAUUCAGAAUCCAAUGAUUCUUAAGGUGGUGGCAACUUUGUUAAAAAACUCUACACCAAGUGCAGAACUGAUGGAAGUUCGUCGUUUGUUUUUAUCUGAUAUGAUAAAACUUUUCAGUAACAGCCGGGAGAAUAGAAGAUGCUUAUUGCAGUGUUCAGUGUGGCAGGAUUGGAUGUUUUCUCUUGGCUAUAUCAAUCCUAAAAAUUCUGAGGAACAGAAGAUUACGGAGAUGGUCUACAAUAUCUUCCGGAUUCUUUUGUAUCAUGCAAUCAAAUAUGAAUGGGGAGGCUGGAGAGUUUGGGUGGAUACACUCUCAAUAGCCCACUCCAAGGUCACUUAUGAAGCACAUAAGGAAUACCUAGCUAAAAUGUAUGAAGAAUAUCAGCGACAAGAGGAGGAAAACAUUAAAAAGGGAAAGAAAGGGAAUGUGAGCACCAUCUCUGGUCUCUCAUCGCAGACAACAGGAGCAAAAGGUGGAAUGGAAAUUCGAGAGAUAGAAGACCUUUCACAAAGCCAGAGCCCAGAAAGUGAGACAGAUUACCCUGUCAGCACAGACAGUAGAGACUUGCUCAUGUCAACAAAAGUGUCAGAUGAUAUUCUUGGAAAUUCAGAUAGACCGGGAAGUGCUGUACACGUGGAAGUGCACGAUCUUUUAGUUGAUAUAAAAGCAGAGAAAGUGGAAGCAACAGAAGUGAAGCUUGAUGAUAUGGAUUUAUCACCAGAAACUUUAGUAGGUGGAGAGAAUGGUGCUCUUGUGGAGGUUGAAUCUUUGUUGGAUAAUGUAUACAGUGCUGCUGUUGAGAAACUCCAGAACAAUGUACAUGGAAGUGUUGGUAUCAUUAAAAAAAAUGAGGAAAAGGAUAACGGUCCAUUGAUCACAUUAGCAGAUGAGAAGGAUGAACUUCCCAACAGUAGCACAUCAUUUCUCUUUGAUAAAAUACCCAAACAGGAGGAGAAACUCCUUCCUGAACUUUCUGGCAAUCACAUUAUUCCAAAUAUUCAGGACACACAAGUACAUCUUGGUGUUGGUGAUGAUCUUGGAUUGCUUGCUCACAUGACCGGUAGUGUAGACUUAACUUGUACAUCAAGUAUAAUAGAAGAAAAAGAGUUCAAAAUCCAUACAACUUCAGAUGGAAUGAGCAGUAUUUCUGAAAGAGACUUAGCGUCAUCAUCUAAAGGGUUAGAGUAUGCUGAAAUGACUGCUACGACUCUGGAAACUGAAUCUUCUGGUAGCAGAAUUGUGCCAAAUAUUGAUGCAGGAAGUGUAAUUUCAGACACUGAGAGAUCGGAUGAUGGCAAAGAAUCAGGAAAGGAAAUCCGUAAAAUCCAGACCACUGCUACGACGCAAGCUGUUCAGGGUCGGUCUAUCGCACAACAAGACAGAGAUCUCCGAGUUGAUUUAGGAUUUCGAGGAAUGCCAAUGACUGAGGAACAGCGGCGCCAGUUCAGCCCAGGUCCACGCACUACAAUGUUUCGUAUUCCUGAGUUUAAAUGGUCUCCAAUGCACCAGCGACUUCUCACCGAUUUGCUAUUUGCAUUAGAAACAGAUGUACAUGUUUGGAGGAGCCAUUCCACAAAGUCUGUAAUGGAUUUUGUCAAUAGCAAUGAAAAUAUUAUUUUUGUACAUAACACAAUUCACCUCAUUUCCCAAAUGGUAGACAACAUCAUCAUUGCUUGUGGAGGAAUUUUACCUUUGCUCUCUGCUGCUACAUCACCAACUGGUUCUAAGACGGAAUUGGAAAAUAUUGAAGUGACACAAGGCAUGUCAGCUGAGACAGCAGUAACUUUCCUCAGUCGAUUGAUGGCUAUGGUUGAUGUACUUGUAUUUGCCAGCUCUCUAAAUUUUAGUGAGAUUGAAGCUGAAAAAAACAUGUCUUCUGGUGGUUUAAUGCGACAGUGCCUAAGGCUAGUUUGCUGUGUUGCCGUGAGAAACUGUUUAGAAUGUCGGCAGAGACAGAGAGACAGGGGGAACAAACCUUCCCAUACAAGCAGUAAACCUCAAGAAGCUCCCCAAGGUGUGACUGCCACAGCAGCUUCCAAGACUCCACUAGAGAAUGUUCCAGGUAACCUUUCUCCGAUUAAGGAUCCCGAUAGACUACUUCAGGAUGUUGAUAUCAAUCGCCUUCGUGCAGUUGUCUUUCGGGAUGUGGAUGAUAGCAAGCAGGCACAGUUCUUAGCUCUAGCUGUUGUUUACUUCAUUUCGGUUCUGAUGGUUUCCAAGUAUCGCGACAUUUUAGAACCCCAGCGAGAGACUGCAAGAACUGGAAGCCAACCAGGUAGAAACAUCAGACAAGAAAUAAAUUCACCAACAAGUACAGUUGUGGUCAUACCAUCUAUCCCUCAUCCAAGUUUGAACCAUGGAUUCCUUGCCAAGUUAAUUCCUGAGCAGAGCUUUGCCCACUCAUUUUACAAAGAAACACCUGCUGCAUUUCCAGACACGGUAAAGGAAAAAGAAACGCCAACCCCUGGUGAAGAUAUUCAUCUAGAAAGUUCCAUUCCUCAUACUGAUUCAGGAAUCGGAGAGGAGCAAGUGGCUAGCAUCCUGAAUGGGGCAGAAUUAGAGCCUAGCACAGGCCCUGAUGCCAUGAGUGAACUGUUAUCCACUUUGUCAUCCGAAGUGAAAAAGUCACAGGAAAGCCUAACUGAGAACCCCAGUGAAAUGUUGAAGCCUGCGCCAUCUAUAUCUAGCAUUAGUCAAACCAAAGGCAUCAAUGUCAAGGAAAUAUUGAAAAGUCUUGUGGCCGCCCCAGUUGAAAUUGCAGAAUGUGGCCCUGAACCUAUCCCAUACCCAGAUCCAGCACUGAAGAGAGAAGCACAAGCUAUUCUUCCUAUGCAGUUUCAUUCCUUUGACAGGAGUGUCGUGGUCCCUGUUAAGAAGCCCCCUCCAGGUAGUUUAGCUGUAACCACUGUAGGAGCCGCUGCUGCUGGAGGUGGGCUGCCAACAGGCAGUACCUCUAAUAUAUUUGCUGCUACUGGAGCUACACCAAAAAGUAUGAUUAAUACAACAGGUGCCGUGGAUUCGGGGUCCUCUUCUUCUUCCUCCUCUUCUAGUUUUGUGAAUGGUGCUACCAGCAAAAACCUUCCAGCUGUACAAACUGUUGCUCCAAUGCCAGAAGAUUCGGCUGAAAAUAUGAGCAUCACUGCAAAACUUGAAAGAGCUUUAGAAAAAGUUGCUCCUCUUCUUCGUGAAAUUUUUGUAGACUUUGCCCCAUUCCUAUCUCGUACACUUCUUGGCAGUCAUGGACAAGAGCUAUUGAUAGAAGGCCUUGUUUGUAUGAAGUCCAGCACAUCUGUGGUUGAGCUUGUUAUGCUGCUUUGUUCUCAGGAAUGGCAAAAUUCUAUUCAGAAGAAUGCAGGACUUGCAUUUAUUGAACUCAUCAAUGAAGGAAGAUUGCUAUGCCAUGCUAUGAAGGACCAUAUAGUUCGUGUUGCAAAUGAAGCUGAGUUUAUUUUGAAUAGACAGAGAGCUGAGGAUGUACAUAAACAUGCAGAGUUCGAGUCGCAGUGUGCCCAAUACGCUGCUGAUAGAAGAGAGGAAGAAAAGAUGUGUGACCAUCUCAUUAGUGCUGCGAAACAUAGGGACCACGUGACUGCAAAUCAGCUGAAACAGAAGAUCCUUAACAUUCUCACAAAUAAGCAUGGUGCUUGGGGAGCAGUUUCUCAUAGCCAAUUGCACGAUUUCUGGCGUUUGGAUUACUGGGAAGAUGAUCUUCGUCGAAGGAGACGGUUUGUCCGUAACGCAUUUGGCUCCACUCAUGCUGAAGCAUUGCUCAAAGCUGCAAUUGAGUAUGGCACUGAAGAAGAUGUAGUAAAGUCUAAGAAAACAUUCCGAAGUCAAGCAAUAGUGAAUCAGAAUGCAGAGACAGAGCUUAUGCUGGAAGGAGAUGAUGAUGCAGUCAGUCUGCUCCAAGAGAAGGAAAUCGACAAUCUUGCAGUUCCCUUUCUUCCCAAGCUGUUCAUCUCAAGAGGCCCAGUGGUUCUCAGCACUCCUGCCCAGCUCAUUGCUCCUGUGGUGGUGGCCAAGGGGACUCUUUCCAUCACCACGACAGAAAUCUACUUCGAGGUGGAUGAGGAUGAUCCUGCCUUCAAGAAGAUCGACACGAAAGUUCUUGCAUACACUGAGGGACUUCAUGGAAAAUGGAUGUUCAGCGAGAUACGAGCUGUAUUUUCAAGACGUUAUCUUCUACAAAACACUGCUUUGGAAGUAUUUAUGGCAAACCGAACGUCAGUUAUGUUUAAUUUCCCUGAUCAAGCAACAGUAAAAAAAGUCGUCUAUAGCUUGCCUCGGGUUGGAGUAGGGACCAGCUAUGGUUUGCCGCAAGCCAGGAGGAUAUCACUAGCCACUCCUCGACAGCUUUAUAAAUCUUCCAACAUGACUCAGCGUUGGCAAAGAAGGGAAAUUUCAAACUUCGAAUAUUUGAUGUUUCUUAACACUAUAGCAGGACGGACAUAUAAUGAUCUGAACCAAUACCCCGUGUUUCCGUGGGUAUUAACAAACUAUGACUCAGAAGAAUUGGAUUUGACUCUUCCAGGAAACUUCAGGGAUCUAUCAAAGCCGAUUGGUGCUUUGAACCCAAAGAGAGCUGUGUUUUACGCAGAGCGUUACGAGACAUGGGAAGAUGAUCAAAGUCCUCCCUACCAUUAUAACACACAUUAUUCAACGGCAACAUCCACCUUAUCCUGGCUUGUUCGAAUUGAACCUUUCACAACCUUCUUCCUCAAUGCAAAUGACGGAAAAUUUGACCAUCCUAAUCGAACCUUCUCGUCCGUUGCAAGGUCUUGGAGAACAAGUCAGAGAGAUACUUCUGAUGUAAAGGAACUAAUUCCAGAGUUCUAUUACCUACCGGAGAUGUUUGUCAACAGUAAUGGUUAUAAUCUUGGAGUCAGAGAAGAUGAAGUGGUGGUAAAUGAUGUUGAUCUUCCCCCUUGGGCAAAAAAACCUGAAGACUUUGUACGGAUCAACAGGAUGGCCCUGGAGAGUGAAUUUGUUUCUUGCCAACUCCAUCAGUGGAUUGACCUUAUAUUUGGCUACAAGCAGCGAGGACCAGAAGCAGUCCGGGCUCUAAAUGUUUUCCACUACUUAACCUAUGAAGGCUCUGUGAACCUGGACAGUAUCACUGACCCUGUGCUGAGGGAGAUUCCAGAAGCUUAUUUCAUUAGAGAUCCCCAUACGUUCCUUCUUACAAAGGACUUUAUUAAGGCCAUGGAGGCACAGAUACAGAACUUUGGACAAACGCCAUCUCAGUUGCUUAUUGAGCCACAUCCGCCUCGGAGCUCUGCCAUGCACCUGUGUUUCCUUCCACAGAGUCCACUCAUGUUUAAAGAUCAGAUGCAGCAGGAUGUGAUCAUGGUGCUGAAGUUUCCAUCAAAUUCUCCAGUAACGCAUGUGGCAGCCAACACGCUCCCCCACCUGACCAUCCCUGCGGUGGUGACCGUGACCUGCAGCAGACUGUUUGCAGUGAACCGAUGGCACAACACAGUGGGCCUCAGGGGAGCUCCAGGUUACUCCUUGGAUCAAGCCCAUCAUCUUCCCAUUGAAAUGGAUCCACUCAUUGCCAAUAACUCUGGUGUGAACAAACGGCAGAUCACAGACCUUGUUGACCAGAGCAUACAAAUCAACGCCCAUUGUUUUGUGGUCACAGCAGACAAUCGCUAUAUUCUUAUCUGUGGAUUCUGGGAUAAGAGCUUCAGAGUUUAUUCUACAGAAACAGGGAAACUAACUCAGAUUGUAUUUGGCCAUUGGGAUGUGGUGACGUGCUUGGCCAGGUCUGAGUCAUACAUAGGUGGGGACUGCUACAUCGUGUCUGGGUCUCGAGAUGCUACCCUGCUUCUCUGGUACUGGAGUGGGCGACACCAUAUCAUAGGAGACAACCCGAACAGCAGUGACUAUCCUGCACCAAGAGCUGUCCUCACGGGCCACGACCAUGAAGUUGUCUGUGUUUCUGUCUGUGCAGAACUUGGACUUGUUAUCAGUGGUGCUAAAGAGGGCCCUUGCCUCGUCCACACAAUCACCGGAGAUUUGCUAAGAGCCCUCGAAGGACCAGAAAACUGCUUGUUCCCACGCUUGAUUUCUGUCUCCAGUGAAGGCCACUGUAUCAUCUACUAUGAACGAGGGCGAUUCAGCAAUUUCAGCAUCAAUGGGAAACUUUUGGCUCAAAUGGAGAUCAACGAUUCGACAAGGGCCAUUCUCCUGAGUAGCGAUGGCCAGAACCUGGUGACCGGAGGGGACAAUGGUGUGGUGGAGGUUUGGCAGGCCUGUGACUUCAAGCAGCUGUACAUUUACCCCGGAUGUGAUGCUGGCAUUAGAGCAAUGGACUUAUCCCAUGACCAGAGGACUCUGAUCACUGGCAUGGCUUCUGGUAGCAUUGUAGCUUUUAAUAUAGAUUUUAAUCGGUGGCAUUAUGAGCAUCAGAACAGAUACUGAAGACAAAUGGAGAACCAAAAGCCAAGUUAAAGCUGAGAGCACAAGUGCUGCAUGGAAAGGCAAUAUCUCUGGUGGAAAAAACCCGUCUACAUCGACCUCCGUUUGUACAUUCCAUCACACCCAGCAAUAGCUGUACAUUGCAGUCAGCAGUCAUUUUACUUUGUGUGUUUUUUCACUACUGAACACCAGCUGCUACCAAGCAAGCUUAUAUCAUGUAAAUUAUAUGAAUUAGGAGAUGUUUUGGUAAUUAUUUCAUAUCUUGUUGUUUAUUGAGAAAAGGUAGUAGAAUGUGUCACAAGAGACUUUUGACAAUUCUGAGGAACCUUGUGUCCAGUUGUUACAAAGUUUAAGCUUCGAACCUAACCUGCAUCCCAUUUCCAGCCUCUUUUCAAGCUGAGAAAAAAAAAAAACAAAAAAAACACGUUUGAUACUUUGUACAUCAGAUGCAUCUUAUUUAAAGGGAUACUUUU